UUCGCAUUUUUUGGAGUCCAUCAAUGCGAAACGACGAGUGAUGGAGGCGCAGCUGGCUCGCUCUUUUUAGAAGGAGAACGCACAAGAAGAAAUCUGGCACCGCGUUCGCAUGUGCUCUGCCGUCUUUGCGUCUGUUCUAAGACUGUGCCUAUGAUGACGGUUCUUGAUUGCUGUUACUUCGCUUUCAGGUUUUUAACCAAUCGAUUUUUCUUACUGUUUCCUCGUAAAUGUUUGGCAUCUGCAGGGUUUUGAUUGCUCGGUAGGUAAACAGUUCUUCUCACGAGCCGCAUGCCAUCUGUGAAUGCCUUCUUUUCAUGUGACUGAGAAUCGAGCUUGCCUCGGAAGCCAAUCCAUCAUCUACUUCUUCUUCGUCGGAAUCGAAAUCGAAAUUUCUAAAGCGAUGGAGGUCUGGUAGAUACCGCCGCCACAAGGUGGAGAAGGAAGGAAGGAGCAUGAACCGUCAGCAGAGGCCGAUGGCCGCCGCCGCCGCCUUGCUUCCGCCGGGGAAAUCGACGCCGGAAAAGGAGAGGAAGAGUAAUUCCGUCCACCGCCUGUUUCCUUUGCUGCUCCUCACGCUGUAUGCGAUCGCCUCGGUGCUUCGACUCGCUUUGUCGUCCCCGUUUCCUACCGCCUUCGUGCAGCCGUCCGCUUCUUCUUCUUCUUCUUCGACAUUCUCCGCGGAGUCGAGGCAAGAAGCGGAAUCUUUGAAGACUCAUAUUCCGUCGGAGACCCACCACGUCCGGGCCGAAGAGGAGAAUCCGGUGCCGGCGCCGCCUCCGUGCUCUGCUCUCAUCGAUGGAACCGCCGUUGCCAGAAACGAGGCGGCGGCGUUCGUUUGCUGCGACCGGAGCCACAUCCGGAGCGAUCUCUGCUACGCCAGGGGCGACAUCCGCACCGAUUCCGCCUCCUCGUCGGUGCUGGUGCACGGAAUGACAUCGGCGGCGGAGGCAAUCCGGCCGUACACGCGGAAGUGGGACCCGGCAAUCACGAGGACGAUUCAGGAGAUUUCGAUCCGCCCGGCGAACGGCAGCCGGAGGGCGUGCGACGUGCGGCACGAGGGCGUGCCGGCGCUGCUGUUCUCCAACGGCGGCUACACCGGGAACCUGUACCACGAGUUCAGCGACGGGCUGAUCCCGCUGUACGUGACGGCGCAGCGGUUCCGCGGAGAGGUGGUGCUGGUGGUGGCGGAGUACCGGCCGUGGUGGCUCGCCCGGUACCGCCCCCUGCUGGAGCGCCUGACCAAGUACAAGAUGGUGGAUUUCAGUCGCGACAACCGCGUCCACUGCUUCUCGGAGAUGAUCGUCGGCCUGCGGAUCCACGGCGAGCUCAUCAUCGACCCGUGGCUGAUGCCCAACGGUAACAGCGUUCGGGACUUCCAGGCGCUCCUCCUCGAAGGCUACAACGCCGUGGCCCGGUCCAAUCCCUCGCUUCCGGCCCCGGAGUCCCCGCCGUUCCUCCGGUCCCUGGUUCGGUCCACGCGCCGCGAGCCGGCGGGGCGAUGCUCCCGCAGCCGGCGGCCGAGGAUCGCGGUGUUCGUGCGCAAAGGCUGCCGGGUGCUGGUGAACCUGCGGGAGCUUGUCCGGGCGUGCCAGCGAACCGGGUUCGACGUCCAAAUCAUCGAGCCCAGGCGCGGCACCCCGUUGGACGUGAUCCACCGCGCCCUCGCCCCCGCCGACGCCAUGCUCGCCGUCCACGGCGCCGCCGUGACCCACUUCCUCUUCAUGCGCCCCUCGUCGGCGCUCAUUCAGGUGGUGGCGCUGGGGCUGGAGAAGCCGGCCGAGGAGUUCUACGGCGAACCGGCCCGGCGGCUGGGGCUGGAGUACAUGGCGUACAAAAUAACGCCCGAGGAGAGCACCUUGUCGAAGCUCUACGAUCGGCGAAGCGCCGUGCUGGUCAACACCAGCGUCAUCACCGACAGAGGGUGGCAGGAGAUGAAGAAGAUCUACCUCGAUAAACAAAAUGUCAAACUGAAUCUUACCAGAUUCGGUAAGGUUCUUGCUAAAGCUUACAGCCAUGUUUGUGUAGCACGAUCAGGAAUUGAAUGAUAUUAGAUGAUGAAUCGCAUUAGUUUGUAAUUGAUACGCUUCUAUUCUUUUGUUUGUAAGUCCGAUUCAAGUGUAUUUUUUAUUUGAGACUCAAAUUAACUUUGUAAAGG